GACUCGCGCGGUGCCCAGGGGACCCAGGCGUCCUUCACCUCGGGCCCACGCGGCCGCGGCCGCCGCAGCCUUCACCUUGUGGGUCUGAUUGAGAGAACAGCAUGCAGCACUCAGUGGUCUGCCCACUAUCCUCUGGACAGCUCUUCAGCACCCCCAGGAGGGCCUGACGCACUGGGGCACUUUUGCUCUGCACAGGACCACGAGGGGGUUUGCCAUGGUGACAUAAAGGGGCGCAGAGGAAGGAAGGAGCGAGAACAGCCUGCAGACUGCGCCCCUGGCUGGGAGGAAGGGCCAGGGCCCGGAUCCUCCACUCUACUGCCCGCUGAGCAUCUUGCUUCCUAAGUCUCUGAAUAUCUCCAUUAGUGGACAUCUCUCGGGACCUUGGGGUGGCCAGGACAGGCUGGGCCUCCUCUGCCUGAGCUCUCAGGGGCCAGGAUGCCUGCCUUGGCAUGCUUCCGGAGGCUGUGUAGACACGUGUCCCCACAGGCUAUUCUGUUCCUGCUGUUUGUCUUCUGCCUGUUCAGUGUUUUUGUCUCUGCCUACUACCUAUACGGCUGGAAGCGGGGCCUUGAGCCUUCGGCAGAUGCCCCUGAGUCUGACUGUGGAGACCCACCACCUGUAGCCCCAAGCCGCUUACUACCACUCAAGCCUGUGCAGGCAGUUGCACCAUCCCGCACAGACCCACUGGUGCUGGUAUUUGUGGAGAGCCUCUACUCUCAGCUAGGCCAGGAGGUGGUAGCCAUCCUGGAAUCUAGCCGCUUCAAGUACCGAACAGAGAUUGCGCCAGGCAAGGGGGACAUGCCCACGCUCACUGACAAGGGCCGUGGCCGCUUCGCCCUCAUCAUAUACGAGAACAUCCUCAAGUAUGUCAACCUGGAUGCCUGGAACCGGGAGCUACUGGACAAGUACUGUGUGGCCUAUGGUGUGGGCAUCAUUGGCUUCUUCAAGGCCAAUGAGAACAGCCUGCUGAGUGCACAGCUCAAGGGCUUCCCACUCUUUCUGCACUCAAACCUGGGCCUAAAGGACUGCAGCAUCAACCCCAAGUCCCCACUGCUCUACGUGACACGACCCAGUGAGGUGGAGAAGGGUGUGCUACCGGGUGAGGACUGGACUGUGUUCCAGUCCAACCACUCUACCUAUGAGCCGGUGCUGCUGGCCAAGACACGCUCAUCUGAGUCUAUCCCACAUCUGGGUGCGGAUGCUGGCCUGCACGCUGCACUGCAUGCCACAGUGGUCCAGGACCUGGGCCUCCAUGAUGGCAUCCAACGUGUGCUGUUCGGCAACAACCUCAACUUCUGGCUGCACAAGCUGGUCUUCGUGGAUGCCGUGGCCUUCCUCACGGGUAAGCGCCUCUCUCUGCCUUUGGACCGCUACAUCCUGGUGGACAUCGACGACAUCUUCGUGGGCAAGGAGGGCACACGCAUGAAGGUGGAGGAUGUGAAGGCCCUGUUUGAUACACAGAACGAACUGCGCACACACAUCCCAAACUUCACCUUCAACCUGGGCUACUCAGGGAAAUUCUUCCACACAGGUACUGAUGCUGAAGAUGCUGGAGAUGAUCUGCUGCUUUCCUAUGUGAAGGAGUUCUGGUGGUUCCCCCACAUGUGGAGCCACAUGCAGCCCCACCUUUUCCAUAACCAGUCCGUGCUGGCUGAGCAGAUGGCCCUGAACAAGAAGUUCGCUGUCGAGCAUGGUAUUCCCACAGACAUGGGCUAUGCAGUGGCGCCCCAUCACUCAGGUGUGUAUCCUGUGCAUGUGCAGCUGUAUGAGGCCUGGAAGCAGGUGUGGAGCAUCCGGGUGACCAGCACUGAGGAAUACCCCCACCUGAAGCCUGCUCGCUAUCGCCGUGGCUUCAUCCACAAUGGCAUCAUGGUCCUUCCACGGCAGACCUGUGGCCUCUUCACACACACCAUCUUCUACAAUGAGUAUCCUGGUGGUUCUAGUGAGCUGGACAAGAUCAUUAAUGGGGGCGAGCUCUUCCUUACUGUGCUUCUCAAUCCUAUCAGCAUCUUCAUGACACACUUAUCCAACUAUGGGAAUGACCGCCUGGGACUGUACACCUUCAAGCACCUGGUGCGCUUCCUGCAUUCUUGGACCAACCUGAGGCUGCAGACGCUGCCCCCAGUGCAGCUGGCCCAGAAGUACUUCCAGAUCUUUUCUGAGGAGAAGGACCCACUCUGGCAGGACCCCUGUGAGGACAAACGCCACAAAGACAUCUGGUCCAAGGAGAAAACGUGUGACCGUUUCCCAAAGCUCCUCAUCAUUGGCCCCCAGAAAACAGGCACCACGGCCCUCUACCUGUUCCUGGGCAUGCACCCAGACCUCAGCAGCAACUACCCCAGCUCUGAGACCUUUGAGGAGAUCCAGUUUUUUAAUGGCCACAACUAUCACAAAGGCAUCGACUGGUACAUGGAGUUCUUUCCUAUCCCUUCCAACACCACAUCUGACUUCUACUUUGAGAAAAGUGCCAACUACUUUGAUUCAGAAGUGGCACCACGACGGGCAGCUGCCCUGUUGCCCAAAGCCAAGAUCCUUACCAUUCUCAUCAACCCAGCUGAUCGAGCCUAUUCCUGGUACCAGCACCAGCGAGCCCAUGAUGACCCAGUGGCCCUGAAGUAUACCUUCCAUGAGGUGAUCACAGCUGGCCCUGAUGUGUCCUCAAAACUGCGUGCCCUCCAGAACCGCUGCCUGGUUCCUGGUUGGUAUGCCACCCACAUUGAGCGCUGGCUCGGCGCCUUUCAUGCCAACCAGAUUCUGGUCUUGGAUGGCAAAUUGCUGCGAACAGAACCUGCCAAAGUGAUGGACACGGUGCAGAAAUUCCUUGGAGUGACCAGCACCAUUGACUACCACAAAACCUUGGCGUUUGACCCAAAGAAAGGGUUUUGGUGCCAACUGCUUGAAGGAGGAAAAACCAAGUGUCUGGGCAAAAGCAAGGGACGGAAAUACCCAGAGAUGGACUUGGAUUCCCGAGCCUUCCUGAAGGAUUACUACCGGGACCACAACAUCGAGCUCUCCAAGCUGCUGUACAAGAUGGGCCAGACACUGCCCACCUGGCUGCGGGAGGACCUCCAGAACACCAGGUAGCCUCGUGCCACCACAGCCAGACAGAUGUUUGUGAUGGCAGGCCACAGUGUCCUGCCUCACACUGAUCCAGACUGACCUGCCAAGAGGGAAGCUGGGCCCUGCUGGCCAAGCACGAUCAGCAAUACUCUGCUAAGGUCCAUUUGGGGCCAGAAGCCUGGGCAGGUCCACAAGCGCCUUGGAGCCUCCACUGCUGGAUCUGUGGCCUACAGGACCUCCCUGAUGCCAGAGGUCCAUUCCGUUCACAGCCUCCCAGCUGAGGAGGCCACUUCCUGUUGGUGGAAGGCUGCUUCCUGGAGGGAGGAGUCCAGGAGACUCUCUCCUGUUCCUCACUGUGUUCUACCACCCAUUCCCUUUCCAUUGUCCCACUGCUCCCUGCUCCAGCAGGAUGUCCCCUCAGUAUUAGCUGCCAUGUUUCCCUGAGUGCAGCUGGGUCUUUUGUCAAACCAGGGAGAAAAGACUAGCCACAUUCCUAAGGGUUUUGAGUCAGGCCAUGCCAAGCCGGUCACCUAGAAGCAGUCCCUGGGUUGUAUGUGAGGGUGGUCACCUUGAAAGGACAUUUGGGUUAAUACUGUCAAGUCUCACCUUCCUUUGGGGGAAAAGACUCUCUGGUCCCUCCAGUACCCACCCAAAGUUCCAGUGCUCAAGGCCUCCUCUAGGCCAUGCCACUGGGCCAGAGACUCAGGCUUUGGUUCUGCCCCUUUUCUUCACUCUGGAUGUGACAUGUGGUGUUUCCUGUGGUAAAGGCUGAGGCAGGUCGGGAGUCUGCCAGUGUCCAUGUUCCCAUGUACAUACUUCAUCCCACACCCACCACCUUAGCUUGGCAGUCAUGGCAGUUAGCAAGACUGCCAUCUGCUGCUUUGCCCAGUGACCUGUGGCUGAGGGUCCCCAGAGACCUCCUCUUAACCUCCCAAAUACUAAGAAGCUAAAGUAGUUUAAUAUUUUGUUUUUGUUCUUGGUGCCAGAGUUUAUACCCUGGGUGCUAGGGUUACACUGUGUUUCAUAUAUGUGUGUGUGUAUAUGUAUAUAUACAUAUAUAUGUAUGUAUGUGUGUGUGUAUGUAUAUGUGUAUACAUACAUACAUACAUACUUACACACACACACACACACAUAUUUUAUUUUUUGGUUAUGUUUGUUUUUAAGUCAGUCAUACACAAUGGUGGCAAGCCCCAGCCUCAAAGGGUAUCUUAAGGCUAGGUAUGAGGUGGAAGGGAGGGAAGUCUGGGCCUUAGGGAGAUGGGAUGAAGAUCUGUUCCCUGUCUCAUAGAGGGGACAGAGAUGGUGACAUGAACAGGGAAGACCAACUCUCCCCAGGAAGUCUGAAUCUACAAAGCCCAAUGUCCCUGGGAUGUUUUGUCCACAGGGAAUAGCCAGGGAUAGGGUAGUAGAUUGGGGGGCCCAGAGCUGGCUUGCAUUCUCCCUUACAUGGUGCUAGGUUGGGAGCUGCCCUAGAGCAAGAUGCCCAUGGGGAUCUGUUGCUGGUCUCUGUAGACCCCAGGGUCUCGGGGCUGUUUUCUGCUUAGGUUCUGCUCCUGCUCCCCUUUUAACAAUGUGAAGUAACUGAGGCUGGGGUGGCUGUCCCUGGUCCCCUGCAACUGCCAAUUCAGCUCUCACUUGACACCCAGGAUAUUCCUUUUGGAGAGCCUGGUCUUGUUCAGAAGAUGUUAGCAUCGUGGGUUUAGAAGGAUCCUGUGGUGUUUAUAAAGCAGAUUCAGGAUGGGCAGGUGGCUCACUGGCUGAUGUCACCUAGCUGUUGGAAGCAGGGCCAAGAGUUGAACUCAGGACCCCUGAUUCUGAGCUCAGUGCUCAUCUUCCAAUGCUACACUGCCUCUGAGCCCACCCUUGAUACCCUACUGUGUUCCAGGUUUCUGUCCCUUCCUCAGUCACAGCCAUGGUCAUUCCAGGAUAUGGGGAUAAACCACUCCUUCCCAGCCAGGUGCCUUUGAACCUUCUCCUUUCCAGACUUGCAUUUGCUCCCUUAUCAUGUUCUUCCCACCUUGGGAGGUCCUUCCCCACCAGUGACCAAGUUGGUCUUUAUUCCAAGCUUGUCUUUUCAAGUUCUCCACUGGCGUGGAGAAGAAGGAGGGAUGCUUAGUGGGACCAGCACACAGUUUCACUGUGCAGAGCCAUGUUUGCAUCAUGUGUUUCACUGGGGCCUUGGAACCCUAUUGAGUACCUGAGGACAUGUCUGCUUCCAUGCUCACAAUGCCUUGCCUGCAAGCCAGAAACAGACUCACUAUGGGUCAAAGACUUCCCCAGUGCAUACCCUGAGCCUUGCUUCCCACCCCUCAGUGAGAACUGGGUCUGUGAUCUGGGAGAAUGACAACUCCCUUCUUCUGAUGUCUACCUUCUGGUAUGAAAUUCUGCAAGAGUAGAGUUGGGCUAGCCAGAGUGACCCUUGUUGGUCAGGCAGCUCCAUUUCUUCCUGAUGCUAGUGUGAGGUGACAGCAGACAGUUUGAGACCCUGGGAGAGCAGAAAAGAUAUUACAGAUUUUGGUCAGUUUCCUUCUGAGAGCAGGUGUUGGUCCUGCUACCUUCUGUAAGUCUGUAGGCUGCUGCUGCUAUAUCCCCUCCCUCUAACCAGUCUUUCUUGAGGCCCUGCUGGGCCCAGACACUGCCACAGUUACAGAUAUUGGGGCUGGGGAUGUGGAUAAGUUGUCCUAGGUAUUCUCAGUUCCAGGAGAUGAGAAAGGCCAAGGUGAGCCCAGGCAGUAUUGUUUAUCCUUAAUGUCCAUUGAUUCACUGCAAACAUUUGGCCAAAAAAAAAAAAAAAAAAAAAAAAAGUGAGAGAGAAAUAGUUUAAAUUGUGCUGGCAACUCCCCCACCCUGUCCUAGCUGCUGUCCUCACCAUCACUUUUACCCUAGGGUGAGUGCAGUUGUGGGCAUCACCUACAGCCGUUGCAGUCUUUCAGGGUUCUGGAGCUUUCCAUGGGGCAAACAUGUGACCACAUGGAAGAUAAGAAUAAGGUUUAAAAUGGCCCCUUUCAAGCCCUGAUAGCCAAGUAGUGGUGCUUCUGAGUUUUCUAAGGAGGCCUUGUUGGUUCCCAGCAGAAGACACUGCUGGCCUCACCUGCAAAAAUGGGUCCCGCCACAGAUCCAUCCCCACAAGUGUGUUAGUGAGGAGUAAGUACAGGAAUGGCUAACCAAACAUUUGACGAUGAAUGCCCACCAUUCAACAUCUAGAUUUAAAAUUAUUAACAUUUUGCCACAUUUCUUUCCCUCUCCUGCUCUCUCUCUCUCUUUCUUUCUGUGUAUGUGUGGCUUUGGAUUUAGUUUAAAAGGUAAGUUGCAGGUGUCAUGAUAUUUUACCCCUUGGUGCUUCUACCUGCAUCUAUAAAAGAUAAGGUCUUCUUACUCACUGACCAAGACCACAACCAAGAUAAUAGUCAUUGCCUAAUAGCAUCUGCUGUGAAAUCUGUAUUCAAAGUUCCCUCAGUUGUCCUCCAAAUAACUUAUACCUGGCUUUAGAAUUGGAUCAAGUCAGGGUGCAGCCAUUGAAUUUUAUAAGUGUAUGUAUGUGUGUUUUAAAUCUCUUUGCUGAAAAGUCUGUUUGCCCAUCAGUGUUUUUAAAUGAUACUAUAUUUAAGGCCAGUGGGUCUGUUGUCAUGUAGAAAUCCCACAUUCCAGAUCUGAUUGUUUCUUGUUGGUCUCAUACUAGCUUCUUUAACCCCUGUAUUUUUAGGGAUAUUUUUGCCUUUUUUGUUGAUUUGGCAUUUUCCUCCUGCCUAAGGUGUGUCUCACUCUUGUAGCAAGUGCCAAACCAUUCAGGGGAGGGAAAGGGGCUUCCUGGAAAGGCAGCAUCAUGCUGGGCCUGGAAGGAAGGGACGGAAGAGGGCACUGCAGCAUGCAGAGACUCGGGCUCUGAGGCUGGGCUGGGGCACUGAACUGUCAGAGUGAAUGGCUACAGCUUGGAGAAGGUGGGCAGCCCACUUUGACCCCAAGGACUGGCUGCAGUGCACCAAACAUAGCAUUUAUCUCUCUUUUGUUUUCCAUUUCUAUCCGUUCAUCUCUGUUUUAUCCAUCCACCUUUCUGUUUUGUGGUCCUGGGACCUUCAUUUUCUAGAUGGUCUGUGUGCACUGGAGCAGAGAUUGGCCUCUUACUGGGCUGAGAAGGGUCUACAUGGAGAGUGCUUUAUUCAGGCUGUGUUGAGGACAAGAACAGUGGACUCGAAGCAGGAUCUGUGACAUUUUUGUCCUAAUUGGCUACAGUGGGUGGCUGUGAGAGUCUUGCAGGGCCUUAGUUUCUCUUCUAUAGAAUGAGGACAUGGGGGCUGCAGGAAGCAUCUGUGCUCCAGUUGCAGUGAGGGUGGCAGUCCAGGUGCUCUAGGCAGUGCUGGAGUUCAGGGCUGUCAGCUAUGGGCUGGAUGCCUCCCCAGUCAGUUCCAAGGGCAGGUUAUAAUGUCUUAGUUCCCCUGUGGGCUGGGCACCAGCUCUGUGUGCAGUCUCUGCUGACAGCCAGGGAAUGAGGGCUGGGGAGAAUCAUAUUAUUUUCUCCUAAGAAACUUGCCCCUCUUGCUCUUUCUGACCUGGAGGAGCCUGAGGGUGGAGAGGGUUUUCUAUGACUGAGCUAGCUUUUCUUAUGGGCAAGAAGGCCCCUUUUUGUAAUUUGUGCAUGAAAUUCAUGUGGUUUUUCUGGGGAGAGGAGAAGAGAGGGCCAACUGAGUGGGUGGGGGGCACAUUUGGGAGCAGACAGAGGUUUCCUUCCCUGAGGGUGUGGGGAGGGGCUGCAGAGGGCAUGCUACCCAGCUCACCUGAAGAGGGCUCUUAAACCAGCCGUUUUGGGUUGUGUUAAACAGGGGAACCUUCCUCCAUUAAUGUACAAUCUUGAACUAACUGCUAAUAAAGUGGGGUUCUGUUUAUAUA